GCUGCAUACGUGACUUCGUGCAAGCAACGCGGGAUUGUCGAGGGUGUUCGUGGAGAACCCUGGUUGGUGAUGCCAGCCCCUGACUCGUUGGGAGAGAAGAAGGGACCAUACCUUGCACUCUCCUUUGGUAGCUUGACGGAGAGCUUCUACACGGCACUGCUUGAGGAACCAGACAAUGAGAACUUGAAGCUUUCACUGACACGUGGCUUGGAGAGCCGGCUCAUCCACCACGUCAUGUCUGAACAAUGUGACUUCAUACAUCCACGGCUGAACAACUCUGCAGUGCUGCAAAACAUUCAGCACAUCAUCAGCAGUGUCACCACAUCGUUGUGGGAUGGUGUAUCAGAGAACGAGAUCAAACUUCUCAUUGUGGAGUUGUGCAAGUUCUGUGUACCGCUGCUUGAAGACAACAGUGAAGACAGCUGGGUCUUUGACACAGCGUCAAAGAAGCAGCUAGUAUCUCGUUUGUGGACCAUCAUGAGUGGAAGCGUGGUGACAUCAGGUACCAGUGCUCCAAAGAGAUCUGGAAAAGAGAAUCAGCAGCCCAAGAAGCGUGCUAAAGCAAAAGCGAAUGCAUCCAGGUCAGGUGGCGGCGGCACUGCGUUGGCCAACCUUCAGCUACCGGAGGAGACAGACGUUACUAGCACCACCAUCAAAUGUGAAGUGGGUGUGCGCAGCAAGCUCUGGAUCGAUGAUUUGCUUCAGUGCGUACGGCACAGUGUGAACAGUUUGACAAAGAUCCUUGGAGUUGACGCUGUCUCAUUCGACUUUGACUCCCUCAGAUCUCGCAUGCUUCGCUUGGGUCUUUUGUUCUGCUUCACCGGAUCAGUGAAGAUUUCGACAGCCAGAGGUUGCAAGACCCACAAGAAAUGGUCAGGGCUUCGCGCAGCCCUGAAGGAGUAUGCCUUGUGGCAGGUGGUGCAGGCGGGACCGUGUGUGUGUGUGAGGGAGUGA